AUGUUUCUUCGUCUUUGCCUUGCCGUCUGCUUGGCUUUUGCCGCUGUCAAUGGUCGAGUUGUAAAACCCAAACCAUUCCUUACUGAAAGCCUCGUCAAUGAAAUCAAUGCAGCACAAACAACAUGGAAAGCUGGUUCAUCGAAAUUCAUGUCAUGGUCAGAAGCAUCCAUCAAACGAUUGAUGGGUGUUCGUCCAGAAUAUUUCGAACAAAUCAAAGCAAUCAAAUCAAUUGAACAUGAAGUACCAAACGAUUUACCAGAUAACUUUGAUGCUCGUACACAAUGGCCAAACUGCCCCUCGCUCAAGGAAGUUCGCGAUCAAGGAAGCUGUGGAAGUUGCUGGGCUUUCGGUGCUGUCGAAGCUAUGUCUGAUCGUAUCUGUAUUGCUUCAAGUGGAGCUCAAAAUGCUCACAUUUCAGCUGAAGAUCUUGUUUCAUGCUGUUCAUCAUGCGGUUUCGGAUGUGAUGGUGGUUUCCCACAAGCUGCUUGGUCAUACUACAAAAGCUCUGGCUUAGUCACCGGUGGCAACUAUAAUAGCAAACAAGGCUGUGAACCAUACACAAUCCCUGCCUGUGAUCAUCAUGUUAACGGAAGUUUACCACCAUGCCAAGGUGAACAACCAACACCACGUUGUACCAAGAAAUGUAUCGAUGGUUACCCAACGCCAUUCGCCAAAGACAAACACUAUGGAGAAAGUGUCUAUGCAGUUCGUACAGAAAAACAAAUUCAAACUGAACUCUUCAAAAAUGGUCCAGUAGAAGCUGCUUUCACCGUCUAUGCUGACUUCCUUACAUACAAAUCAGGUGUCUACAAACACACAUCUGGCUCGGUUCUUGGUGGACAUGCCGUCAAAAUCCUCGGUUGGGGUGUUGAAGAUAGCACACCAUACUGGCUCGUUGCAAACUCAUGGAACGAAGAUUGGGGAGAUAAAGGUUUCUUUAAAAUCCUUCGUGGCAAAGAUGAAUGUGGUAUUGAAGAUGGUAUUGUUGCUGGCGCACCAAAACUUAAUUAA